AUGGUGCAGGGGCUCAACAAGUGGUGCGAGCACCAUGGUGCAGGGGCUCAACAAGUGGUGCGAGCACCAUGGUGCAAGGGCUCAACAAGUGGUGCGAGCACCAUGGUGCAGGGGCUCAACAAGUGGUGCGAGCACCAUGGUGCAGGGGCUCAACAAGUGGUGACCACGUGGUCUCGUGGCUAUGAGGGCAGAACACGUGGUCAUGAGGGCGGAACACGUGGUCACGAGGGCGGAACACGUGGUCAUGAGGGCGGAACACGUGGUCAUGAGGGCGGAACACGUGGUCACGAGGGCGGAACACGUGGUCACGAGGGCGGAACACGUGGUCACGAGGGCGGAACACGUGGUCACGAGGGCGGAACACGUGGUCACGAGGGCGGAACACGUGGUCACGAGGGCGGAACACGUGGUCACGAGGGCGGAGCACGUGGUCACGAGGGCGGAACACGUGGUCACGAGGGCGGAACACGUGGUCACGAGGGCGGAACACGUGGUCACGAGGGCGGAACACGUGGUCACGAGGGCGGAACACGUGGUCACGAGGGUGGAACACGUGGUCACGAGGGCGGAACACGUGGUCACGAGGGCGGAACACGUGGUCACGAGGGCGGAACACGUGGUCACGAGGGCGGAACACGUGGUCACGAGGGCGGAACACGUGGUCACGAGGGCGGAACACGUGGUCACGAGGGCGGAACACGUGGUCACGAGGGCGAAACACGUAGUCACGAGGGCGGAACACGUGGUCACGAGGGCGGAACACGUGGUCACGAGGGCGGAACACGUGGUCACGAGGGCGGAACACGUGGUCACGAGGGCGGAACACGUGGUCACGAGGGCGAAACACGUGGUCACGAGGGCGGAACACGUGGUCACGAGGGCGGAACACGUGGUCACGAGGGCGGAACACGUGGUCACGAGGGCGGAACACGUGGUCAUGAGGGCAGAGCACGUGGUCACGAGGGCGGAACACGUGGUCACGAGGGCGGAACACGUGGUCACGAGGGCAUGAGGAACAACACAGGAAAUAUUUACAGGACGGCUACUACAGAUUCUCUCACCAACUGGUGA